GUAUCGGCCCACUGAAAACUCUCACUAGAGUCAGAUAAAAGCCCCGGCUUCAUAGAUCUCCAACAGAGAUCGAUCGAAAGUCUGGAAUUAAAAAAUGGCAAUGGCGUCGCCAGAACAUACGGCCAGCUCCGACGCGUACACGGAGAUGUCGAAUCUUCUUCCUCUUGCCUCCGCCGCGCAGCAGCCCUACGUGUCCGAACUCCUCUCGUUCACUCUCGAUCGCCUCCAUAAGGAACCGGAAUUGCUGAAAGUAGAUGCGGAGAGAAUACGGCGGCAGAUGCAGGAGGUGGCGGUGGGGAAUUACCGCGCAUUUAUUGCGGCGGCGGAUGCCUUGCUCGAGAUCCGAGAGGAGGUUUCUUCAAUUGACAAGCAUCUGGAGUCUCUGAUAGCUGAAAUUCCGAAGCUAACAUCUGGCUGCACUGAGUUUGUUGAUUCCGCCGAAGAUAUUUUGGAGAAAAGAAAGAUGAACCAAACACUACUAGCAAAUCAUAGCACUUUGCUUGAUUUGCUUGAAAUUCCUCAACUCAUGGAAACGUGUGUGAGAAACGGAAAUUAUGAUGAAGCUCUUGACCUGGAAGCAUUUGUUGCAAAGCUUACUACAAUGCAUCCGAAAAUUCCUGUGAUUCAGGCUCUAGCUGCAGAAGUUCGGCAGACUACCCAGUCUCUUCUUUUUCAGCUUCUCCAGAAACUUAGAUCUAACAUUCAGUUACCAGAAUGCCUCCGCUUGAUUGGAUAUUUACGCCGAAUAGGAGUUUUCAGUGAGUAUGAAAUGCGCCUACAGUUUCUAAGAUGCCGUGAAGCCUGGCUUACUGGAAUACUUGACGAUUUAGAUCAGAGAAAUCCUUACGAGUAUCUGAAAGGGAUGGUAAAUUGUCACAGAAUGCAUCUUUUUGAUGUUGUUAACCAGUAUCGAGCCAUAUUUGCCGAUGACACAUCAGGGAAUGAAGAAAAUUACGAUGGUGGCCUUCUCUUUGACUGGGCCAUGCAUCAGAUUACAUUGCAUCUGAAGACUCUUAAAUUGAUGCUUCCGAGUAUAAGUGACGGUGGAUCCUUGUCAAAUAUUCUGGAUCAGUGCAUGUAUUGUGCUAUGGGCCUUGGAUGGGUUGGUUUGGAUUUUCGAGGACUGCUGCCCCCACUUUUUGAAGAAGCAGUGCUCAAUUUAUUUUCGAAGAAUAUGACCACAGCUGUUGAGAAUUUUCAGUUAGUCUUGGAUUCUCAUCGAUGGGUCCCACUGCCAUCAGUUGGCUUCCCUGCCAAUAGUUUCGGUGAAGAAAGUCAAGACGAUGUCACUCCUCCUUCAAAUCUCAUGGAACAUCCACCUCUUGCUGUUUUUAUCAAUGGUGUAUCUGCGGCGAUGAAUGAACUACGCCCUUGUGCUCCAAUAAGUUUGAAAAAUCUAAUCGCUCAAGAAUUAGUCAAGGGUUUGCAGGCUGUGUCCGAUUCUUUACUAAGAUACAACACCACUAGGAUGCUGAAAACCAACGAGUCUGUACUUUUCCUUAAACUUUGCCAGGCAUUUAUUGAGGUUGUUUUUCCACAUUCUGCGACAUGCUUCGGUCGAUGUUACCCAGGUGGAGCUCCUCUGAUAACAGAUGCUACAAAUUUAUUCGAUGGAAUUGGACGAUUAUUAGCAACUUCACCUGCAAGAGAAUUACCGAAACCUGCUCUUAAUGUAGCUACCAAAAAUGUAUUGGAGAACGGUGGUAAUCAGCCUGUUUCCGAAAAUGGGGUCCCGCAUAAUAUCGAACGAACUGCAAGUGCCAACCUGGAGGAGAAAGAACAGAAUAAUAUCACGAGUCCACAAAAGGAAGAGCAGAAAGCAACAAGUGAAGAUGAUACUAAAAAAUCACCAGUAUCAUGAAAUCAUCCUUAGAUAUACAAAUACAAGCCUCCAUACAGUUUCAAUUUAUUGUAAUUAUAACACUUAUCUUUAUUUUGUUCAGAUGAGAUGUAAUAAUUUUGCCUGGUCUUGUGGUGAAACUUACAUAGAUUUUUGACUGCUUUGAGUUAUGUAAUGGCCCGGUGUAGUAAUUUAUCUUCACAGCAUAUAUUUUUUUUUUA